AUGACUACACCAGUAACAACUGUGGAGGUAAUUGUAAAAGAUGAGCGACGUCUCCUGGCGAUUUGUCCUCAAUUUAAAAAUGUAGGUGAAAUAAAUCUGGACGGAAUGGUGGGCGUGUGGCGGCCUGUUUAUUAUCAAGUAACUUACAACGUGCCUUGCUACGAUAUGCUCAUAAGAAAACUUACUUCCAAGGAGAAAAAUCAAAAUAAUGAAAAGUUUGGUGACUUCAACGAAACAGUCAUAUGGGAUGAUUGCAAUCUUGAAAUAAAAUCGAGGGAUUCUUCUCGGAAGCAUUUUUUGCAAGGAUGUCGUAAAGGUUUAGGUGUUCUAGAGAAUAUAGUCGUCGAUUUAAAAGAUAGCACUCCCACCCUUAUCGAUGAGACGGCAGAUCAGUGGCUUGUGAUGGAAAAUCUGCUCCUCAUGAAAGAUUGUGUGUCUGGGAAAAUUGUUAUCUUCUCCAGAAAUUCUUACCAGCCCAAACUUCAUGAGGUGAAGAAAGCUAUCAAAGGAUUUGGAACUAUCAGUGAAGGUGAUUGGGCUUGUCGUGACACUAAGAGAACAGGAAAACCUGAAGCCUUUGAUGGUGAAUAUGAGUCUGAUAGUGAUGUCAUAUUUUUUGAAUGA